AUGCCUUCCAAUUUUUCCAUGUUAAUGAAAGUUUUCCAGAAGAGCAAGACUCAGAAGAAGAAACAGAGUCUGAAAGAUCAACCAAAGGNCCUUAUAUCUUUAUUGAUGAGUCUUUACAAUGAACAAGAAGCAAAAGUAAGAACUCUAUACGGAGAAACUGAAUGCUUUAAAAUUGAGAAAGGGGUGCGACAAGGCUGCAUUUUGUCUCCAUAUCUGUUUAACUUAUAUACUGAAUAUAUCAUGAGAAUGGGUACUACAAAUGAAGAGUCCAUUGGUAUCAAGAUUGGAGGCGAAACUAUUAAUAAUAUAAGAUAUGCAGAUGAUACCACCCUUUUCACAGAAAGCAAAGCAGAUUUAGAAAAAAUUAUCAUAAGGGUAAAAGAAGAAAGUGCUAAGUUUGGUUUGAAGCUAAAUGUAAAGAAAACUAAAGUAAUGUCAACUAAAGAGUUAAAAGAUUUCAUUGUGGAUGGUGAAAGAAUUGAAGUGUUAGAAAGUUACAUACUUUUGGGCUCAAAGAUAGAAAGGAAUGGAAGUUGUGAAGAAGAAAUCAGGAGGAGAAUUAAUCUUGGCAGAACAGCCAUGGCAAAUCUCACCAAGAUAAUGAAAGAUAAAGACAUUUCCAUUCAUACUAAGAAAAGAAUUGUAGAAGCAAUGGUUUUCCCUGUAACAUUAUAUGGCUGUGAAAGCUGGACUCUAAGGAAAAAGNUACAGGAAAAGAAAAUAAAGGAAAACAUAAACUAUGGAAUACUAAAGAUGCCUUCCAAUUUUUCCAUGUUAAUGAAAGUUUUCCAGAAGAGCAAGACUCAGAAGAAGAAACAGAGUCUGUAG